UGCAGCGUUGUCAUACCGGUUCCGACCAAUAUUUUUGGCGUGUAAAAUGCGACCUGACGAACACAAAAAGCGAAAAAAUGCACAGUACAAACAAAAACAUAACAUUUCAGAUGAAUCUAAGUUUAAGAGUAAUAAUUCGUCAAAGAAAGACGUCAAGUCAGCCAACUUAGACUGUAAGGAGGAACUGAAACGGGAAACAAAAGUUACUUAUGAACCCUCUGGUAGUGAAGAAGUGGUAAAGCAAUACAGACGUAAACAACUGGAGAGUAACUGGAGUCGAUAUACUGAAAUUUCUUCAUCUGAUGAUGACGACUUGCCAACAAAGAGGGGGGAAGACUUCAACAAGUUGUUUGCUCAAGCAGGAGGGUCAGCUGCACAGUUUCGAUUUAAAGACGAGAAAGAUUGGGAUCAUGAUCAAGGAAGUGCAAAUGUGGGAACUCUUAACCUCGAUCUUCACGGCCUAAUUAAGUCCCUUGACUGUAUUCCAAUGCAUCAGAGACUUGGCAUUGACGAGGGACUAUUUUCACAAGAUCAGAUGUGUGAGAUUCUGUCAUAUUCAUCGAAAAAUCAAGAAAAAUAUGAUAAACAAAAAAGACAACAGAAGACUGCCCAACCAACCGUAGUAGUUUCAAGCAAUGGUAAGCAUGCAAAUGGUAAACAGCUGAAAGCAAAUGCCAAAAAAGUGAACAGCAAAGAUCAUAGAAAACAAAAUUCUAUAGAACCAGAGGCGAACAAUAAAAUUAGAGUGACAAAUGCUUCAAGAGAUGAAGUUAUUGGAACCAAGAAUUAUAUGUCUCUAUCAAAACCACCUGACGUAAAGAAAUUAGAAGAUGACUUGGAUGCUUUAUUAGGCCUUAGUGAUACAAACUGUGCAAUACAUGAAGAGCAUCAUACAGAAUCUGCAGAUGAAAACACUCAUAAAAGGGAAGAUGUUAAAAACGCACAAACUAUGUCCCCGGAUAAACCAUGUGAUACUGGUGUUGUUAAAAAGAAAGUCUCUGUCAGUGAAAAUGGUGCUCCAGUGAAGAAAGGUGACAAUCUUGAGGAUUGGUUAGAUGACUUUCUGGAUGACUAGAAUAUUGACGUUGUCAUGUCUCUAAAAAUAAACUCACCCCCUAAAUGUU